GUCAGUGGCCCUUGCCCACCCCCACUGUCCUUGCUCCCGGCUUUAUCAGCCCAGGCGCCUCCUCACGGGAGGCGGCACGGAGGAGGGCACCAUGGCUGUCCUGCUGGCCUCCCUGCUGCUCUGGGGCCUGGUGCUGGGCCCGGAGACCGAGGCGGCUGUCUACGUGGAGACCCGGCCGAGGCUGUGGGCAGAGGCCGAAUCGCUGCUGGAGCCCUGGGUCAAUGUGAGGCUGACGUGCCGGGCCAGCCUGGACACCCGGGACUUCCAGCUCUUCAAGGACGGGGUGGCCCAGGAGCCCGUGCACUUCGAUGAGCUGCGCACAGAGCACCAGUUCCCGCUGGGAGCAGCGACCCACGACGCACGGGGCCUCUACCGCUGCCGCACGACCCUGGGCGCCGGGUGGACGGGGCUGAGUAACCUGGUGGAGGUGACAGGGACAGAGUCCCUGCCCCCACCCUUGCUUUGGGCGGAUCCAGUGUCCUGGAUCACACCCGGCCUGAAUGCGACCCUGCUGUGCCGCGGGGAGCUGCGGGGCGUGACCUUCCUCCUGAAGCGGGAAGGCGACAAGGACUUUCUCGAGGUUGCCGAGAGCCCAGAUGACGUGGAGGUCACUUUUCCGGUCCACCGCGCCAGCAACUACACCUGCAGCUACCGGACUCAUGCCACGGGCGCCCCCUCGGAGCCCAGCGCCGCCGUGAGCGUCGAGGAGCUGGCGGAGCCGCCCGCGCCGAGGCUGGGCCUGGACAGAGACGCCGCCGGCGUGGUGCGCCCGGGUGCCGCCGUCACCCUGGUCUGCGAGGCGCCCCUGAGCGGCGUGGAGUUCGAGCUGCUGCGGGGCGAGGCCGCGGUGCCCGCGCCCCGGAUGAGCACCAGCCCCGAGCGCAUCUUCUUCCUCCUGGAAGCGCCGGCCCCGGGCCCAGGCGGCCCCUACACCUGCCGCUACCAGCUGCGCGCCCCGCAGGCCGUUUGGUCCGCCCGCAGCGCGCCCGCGGAGCUGCUGCUGAGCGAUGGGACGCUGCCCGCGCCCGAGCUCUCGGCGGAGCCCGCGGGCCUGAGCCCCGCGCCUGGCGCGCUGGUGCAGCUGCGGUGCCGGGCGCCCCGGGCCGGCCUGCGCUUCGCUCUGGUGCGCGAGGACGCGAGCGGGUCCCGGGUGCACCGGCGCCUGCGCCCCGCGGAGGCCGAGGCGGUCUUCGAGCUGCGCGUCGUGUCGGUGCGGGACUCGGCCAACUACAGCUGCGUCUACGUGGACCCGCAGCCGCCCUUCGCGGGCUCGGCGCCCAGCGCGCCCCUGGAGCUGCGCGUGGCGGGGCCCCUUCCGCGGCCUCAGCUGCGGCCUCUGUGGCGCGGCGCGGUGACCCCGGGCCGGGCCGCCGUCCUGCGCUGUGACAGCCACGUGCCCGAAGUCAGCUUUGAGCUGCUGCGGGAGGGCGAGGUGGUCGACGCCACGCAGCGCUGGAGCACCGCCCCGGAGGUGGACCUGGAGCUGACCUACGUGGGGCCCCAGCACGUCGGCAACUACACCUGCCGCUACCGCGCCUGGGGGCCCCAGCCCUUCCUGUCGGAACUCAGCAACGCCGUGGAGCUCCGGGUGGCAGUGUCCCUGGCACGUGAAAGGCUGAGCUUCUCCCCAAAGCCCGAACCAGAGGAGAAAAGGGACAGCACCACCGCCCGGGUGCUUCGCUGCACCCCUCGGUCCCCGGCAGAUCUCAGCGCCGGGUGUGUGACACUCGUCUCAAGUUGGUCCUGAACACUCAGGCUUACCUCUAUUUCUUUUUUAAUGAAGAUUAUUUUCAAGGUCGUCAGCAUAUUUGUCUAGUUGCUUACCUGAUACAAAUGCAAUAUUAAUGCCUUUAAAGUAUGAAAUCUAUGCCAAAGAUCACCUUUUGUUUUACUAAAGAGUACUCAGAGGAAAUAAGAAAAAUCAUAUUUGCU